AUGACAGUAAAAAUAGUUAAAGCUAAAGUAGGAUCCCAGAAAAUUAAUUGUUGCCUCGAACUAGGAUUUCUCGGACUAUCAAUGUGUACUGAUAAACUCCUCAAGAAAAUAGGUGGUAAAAUUAGCAGAAAAUUAACUUCCGAAGAAAAAGAUAGCAAAUUCAUCAGAGAAGAAGCCACAGCUCCACUACUGGUUGAAAGAUAUAACUCUACAUUACCUAAUUUUAUUUUGCUGGGUAAUAAUUGGUUCUAUGGUCGCAAAUACGAUGAUGAUGAGCUUCAGACUUAUAUACCAGAAAUAGUGACUGAUGCAGAAGAUGCUUGGGUAAGAACAACUUUGCCUAUUAAAAAUCUAACUGAGAAGAAAGAGGAGAGAAUAAUAGUAUCUAUUGAUAAAAGAGAUAUUCACGAUUUUUACAAAGUACUUCCUGGGAAAUCAAAAGAUUUGGGUACUUCCAAUUCGGAUACUUCUUCCAAUUCAGAUACUUCGGACAGCGAUUCAAGUAAUUCUUCUAUAUCUAGUUCAGAAAUAGAAGUUACACAUGCACAUAAGACUAGAGCAGUAAAGAAAUACCCCAUUCUAAAGCGUAAAGUAAAGGGUAAAAUUAAUUAUCGAGCUUUAUAG